AUGGCCUUGUCGCUGAAGUUGACAUUUUUCCUUCUCCGUUCCUCCUUUAUACUAGCGUUUCGACGCGCUUUGUCUACUACCAACUACUUUACCACUACUACUAGUAAUAACAACAUAAUAUUCGAAGGCGACUUCAAGAUAUAUCAUAAUGCUACAGCACCUUACCUUAAGGAGACCACGGAUCUCUUUGAUAAGCUAUAUGCCGCUCAAGAGGAGCGUCUUGCCGCGCUCCCCAAGGACCCCAUCACCAUCGUAUUGCCUGAUGGCACUCAGAAAGAGGGUCGUAAGUUCGAGACCACCCCCUUGGACAUCGCUAUUGGCAUAUCAAAGGGUUUGGCCAACUCCGUGGUGGCCGCAAAGAUCCUCUACACUGAGCCUGUUGACAGUAUGGACCAGACCGUAUGGGAUCUAUCGAGACCUCUGGAGGGUUCAUGUAAACUAGAACUCCUUAAGUUUGACUCCCCCGAAGGUAAAGAUACUUUCUGGCACUCCAGCGCUCACAUUCUUGGUGAGGCUAUGGAACAGGAAUAUGGCUGCUAUCUGACCAUUGGACCCCCUCUCGAGAACGGUUUCUACUAUGAUGGAUUCUUUGGCAACCUCAAGUUGGGCCCAAAUGAUUACGAAAAGAUCGAGAAGCGCAUUGACUCGAUUGUUAAGAGUGAUCAGAAGUUCCAAAGGCUUGUCGUCACCAAGGAGGAAGCAUUGGAGCUCUUUGCUUAUAAUCCCUUCAAGCUUCAACUCAUUUCUACUAAGGUUCCUGAUGGAUCGCUGACUUCGGUCUACCGUAUCGGGUCUCUGGUUGAUCUUUGUCGUGGUCCUCAUCUCCCUCGUACUGGAAUCGCCAAGGCCUUCUGGGUUAACAAGAACUCUCAGGCUUACUGGCUAGGAAAGGCUGAGAACGAUUCCCUACAACGUGUUUACGCUAUAUCGUUCCCCACUGAGAAGAUGCUGAAGGAAUAUAAGAGGAAUGUUGAGGAAGCUAUGAAGAGAGACCAUAGGCUUAUUGGCAAGAAGCAGGACCUGUUCUUUUUCCAUCCUACCAUGUCGCCUGGUUCCUGCUUCUGGACCAGCCACGGUGCUGUUAUAUACAACAAGCUUGUUGACUUCAUACGUAGGGAGUAUCGACUUCGUGGAUUUGAUGAGGUCAUCACGCCCAACAUCUUCAGUGAAGCCCUCUUCCAACAGUCUGGUCACUGUGGUAAUUACAAGGAUAAUAUGUAUAGUAUGAAUAUUGAGGGUGAGACGUGGUUCCUCAAGCCUAUGAAUUGUCCAGGUCACUGUAUGAUAUUUGACCAGAAGGUCCGCUCUUAUAAGGAGCUCCCUAUCCGUAUGGCCGACUUUGGUGUACUCCAUCGUAACGAGCUAUCGGGUACCCUCUCCGGCCUCACCCGUGUUAGAAGGUUCCAGCAGGAUGAUGCCCAUAUUUUCUGCCGUCCUGACCAGGUCCAGGAUGAGAUUGUUCAUGCUCUCGAGUUCCUCAAGUUCGUCUACAAUACCUUUGGAUUUGACUUCUCGGUGUGCCUGUCGACUCGGCCGAAGAAGGCCAUUGGCUCUCGAGCCAUCUGGGACACCGCGGAGAGCGGCCUCAAGAACGCCCUUGAGGCUUGCGGUAUUGACUAUGAUUUGAACCCUGGCGAUGGUGCUUUUUAUGGUCCUAAGAUCGAUAUCCGCCUUCGUGACGCUCUGAACCGCUAUCACCAGUGCGGCACCAUUCAGCUUGAUUUCAACUUGCCCAUAAGAUUCAACUUGCAAUACCGCAUUGCCGAGACGGAGGAAAGUGGUGAUGCCCAUGCAGCAUCAGAGGCCGCUAACAGUCCUGUUGACGAGCAGCAGAAGGGUAGUACUCAAAGUUCUGCUGCUGUUGAGAACGUUGGAAGCAAGGCCAAGGCUGACGAGAUCACUCUCGGUGAACUCAAACACGGUUUCGAACGUCCUGUUAUGAUCCAUCGUGCUAUUCUCGGUUCGAUAGAGAGGUGCACUGCUAUUCUGACGGAGCAUUUCGGUGGCAAGUGGCCCUUCUGGCUCUCACCCAGGCAGGUCAUGGUCGUACCCGUUAGUGACAAGUACAGUGACUAUGCUGACUACGUGCGUAAGCAGUUGGUCCGUUUGGGAUAUGAGGCUGAUGCCGAUCUCUCGACGAGGACCAUGAACAAGAAGGUCCGCGAGGCCCAGGUAGCUGCCUUCAACUACAUUGCUGUUGUUGGUGAAAAGGAGCAGAACGAUCUUACUGUCACUCUACGGAAGCGUGAUACGGCGAGGCCGUUGGGUACGUUCGGCAUCAGGGAGAUGUUUGAUAUGUUUGAGAAGGAGUCGGAAGUGAACUCAGAUGACCUUCAUACUAUUCAGCCCUUCAUGGGACGUUUGCCCGAGGCCCUGGCCAAGUUGCCGGAACCAUUGAAGAACGAUGAGGGUUGUUGUCACCAUCACGAGUGUGGGAAGCACGAGGAGAAGAAAUCAGAGUAGAAAAUGUUAAGAGUGAUCAUUCUGCCGACACGGAUUAACGGCUGCGUUUCUGCAUUAGAGGUGGGGCUAGUUCCUCAUCUGCUGUGUCGA